GCCCCCUCGCGGCCAGUUGUGGGAUAGAAAAGCUCGCAGCCGGUUCUUCUACCGGACGCGGUUCCGCACGACUGGUGGGGUGUGCGGAGGCACUCCCCGUUGGUCGGACCGGCUCCGGGAUGGCUCCCAAACCUCCAAACUCUGUGGAGGGGCUCCGCGUCGCCGGUAACCAGAGCUUCCGCAACGGCCAGUACGCCGAGGCCUCCGCGCUCUACGGCCGCGCGCUGCGGUCGCUGCAGGCGCGAGCAGGUUCUUCAGACCCCGAAGAAGAAAGUGUUCUUUACUCCAACCGAGCAGCGUGCCACUUGAAGGAUGGAAACUGCACAGACUGCAUCAAAGAUUGCACUUCAGCACUGGCCUUGGUUCCCUUUGGCGUCAAGCCCCUGCUGCGACGUGCUGCUGCCUAUGAGGCUAUGGAGAAGUAUCCACUGGCCUAUGUCGACUACAUGACUGUACUGCAGAUUGAUUAUAGUGUGACAUCAGCCCUGGAAGGCAUUAACAGAAUGACCAGAGCUCUCAAGGACUUGCUUGGGCCAGAGUGGCGUCUGAAGCUGCCUCCUAUCCCCUCAGUUCCUGUUUCAGCUCAGAAGAGAUGGGAUUCCUUGCUUUUGGAGAACCACAAAGAAACAGCUAAAACCAAGACCACACAUACAAAGAACAAAGUGCCUUCUUCUGGGAAUAUGGAGAGAGCCAAAGUUCUGAAGGAAGAAGGCAAUGAGCUUGUAAAGAAGGGAAACCAUAAGAAAGCCAUUGAGAAGUACAGUGAAAGCCUCUCGUUCAAUAAUCUGGAGUCUGCCACAUACACCAACAGAGCACUCUGCCACUUGGUCCUGAAGCAGUACAAGGAAGCAGUGAGGGAUUGCACCGAUGCCCUCAAGCUGGAUGGAAAGAAUGUGAAGGCAUUUUACAGGCGGGCCCAAGCUUACAAGGCACUGAAGGACUAUAAAUGCAGCCUUGCAGACAUCAGCAGUCUCCUGCAAAUUGAGCCCAGGAACGGCCCUGCACAGAAGUUGCAGCAGGAAGUUAACCAGAGCUUAAAAUAAAAACCCAAAGGGCAGCAGGAAACCUCUGCUUGACCUUCCCCAGAGAAGCCAGGGACCUCCUUCCUUUGUGCCUGCUCCUGAGAUCCAGCAUGCCCCAGAGUAAGCUGUGAAGUACCCUUUUCUGCCCCUCAGAGGGGCGAUGGCCUCCCACCUCUUUCCCCUUAAGAGCUUUGCUUAUUCAAAUUAUGCUCAGUGCAGUCAAAUAUAGAUACUGUUAUUUUGCUGGAAAGAUACCCCAACUAGAGCUGAAGCCUAGGGGCCAUGCCCCGUCAUCCACUCCCACCUAUCUCAGAUGGCUAGAGGAGCACAAAAGCAGAGCCUCAUCAGCAGAGCCCCUGGCAUGUUCCAGACUGAGUGCUACCUUUUAGUUUCACCAGAGCCUACCCCACUGCAGUUAACCUGAGCCACACUGAGCUCCUGGGCAAGAGUUGGGGGUUAAGGAUAAAGCAAGAAAACCCUGGCCCACCACACCCAAAGCAGCCUGUUGAGCUGGUUCUCCAGGGCUGCAGCAGUCACCUCACAUGUGCAGCUGCUCUCUUCACCUUGUCUUUGGCACAGUCUCCCAUGUUUGGAGCCCCAGUGCCUUUUGUCUGGGCCCUCAUUUGAUGGGCAUGCAGAGCCCUGACCCUUGGAUGGCUUGGUCUUUCACCCUCUCUGUGCUGCUGCCUCCUGCAUGGAGGUCCCUAAGCUGUUUCAAAAACCCAGUGGUUGUGGCCACUCUUCCUGGAGAUGGGAUGGGAGAAAGGCCUCCUUGGGGUCAGUGCCGUUCUAUUUGGGGCAGCAGCUUGCCCAUUGACCCACAGUAACAGCCUCCUCCAGGCUUCCUAGUUCUUUGUAAUAUAAAGUUAUUUUGAACUGAACUAAUUCUGUGUUCUAUGCUAUUGCAUUAAAAGUCUUUCAUCUACAAAAAAGCGUACUUUCAUUUAUGCUUUUCUCAGCUCUGUGCCUUAAUCUUUUUAGUAAUAAAAAAGCUACUGCUUAUUGA